GGAACGUUACACCAUUGCACAUGCCUUACAGUUGGCUCUAAAAUUGCUUUUUUCUUAAACAUCUAUUAAUCCGUGUUAUAUGUGUUAUAUUACAACAUAAUUUCAAUUGGUAAAUUAAUUAUUGUAUAGAACUAUCUUUAAUUGUUGUUAUUUAUUAUACUUUAAAACAAUAUGAGGUCAUUUCAUGGGUUCUCGUUUUUGGUGAUAGCAUAUAUAUGUGUCACAGUAAACGGUUUUUAUUUUAAAGCUAAUAAACCAAAUGAUGAUUGGUGGUCGAACACAAUAACAUAUCAAGUGUAUCCAAGAUCGUUUAAAGACAGUAACAAAGAUGGUAUUGGCGAUUUAAAAGGUAUUAUUCAAAAACUUGAUCAUUUUGUUGAUCUUGAUAUUGAGACAUUAUGGAUUGGUCCUUUUUACAAAUCACCUAUGGACGAUAUGGGAUAUGAUGUAGAAGACUUUAGAAUGAUAGAUCCGAUAUAUGGUACAAUGGAUGAUUUUAAAGAAUUAGUUGCAGAAAUGAAGAAAAGAAAUCUUAAAUUAGUAACUGACUUUAUACCUAACCAUUCGAGUUAUAAAUGCGAAUGGUUUCAAAAAUCAAUUAAACGAGAAGGAAAAUACGCAGAUUAUUACUUAUGGCGUGAUGCUUUAAACCAAAAUGAUGUAAUGAAUAAUUCUUUAGUAGAACCAAUACCUCCAAAUAAUUGGUUAAGUAUAUUUGGAGGAACUGGCUGGACUUGGAAUGAUAUUCGAAAACAAUUUUAUUUCCAUCAUUUCAAUUCAAAACAGCCGGAUUUUAACAUUAGAAACCCUGAAGUUCACAAAGAACUGUUGGAUAUAAUUGCAUUUUGGAUGGAUAGAGGCGUAGUUGGAUUUCGAUUUGAUGCACUUAGACAUUUAUAUGAAAACAAAUAUUUCCUAAAUGAACCUUGUUUAAAGGAAAACGACGAAUGUUCUUCAACAAAAUAUGAGGAUUAUGAUCAUAUCUAUACAAUAGAUCAACCAGAGAACAUUGAUAUAAUUAAGGAAUGGAGAGAAUUCACAGAUAAUUAUACGAGAAGUAAAAACUUGCCAAUUUCUAGUUUUAUAGCCACUGAAUCCUAUUCACCAAUAGAUAUAUUAAUGCAAUAUUAUGGCAAUUCAAUGAAACUUGGUGCUCAUGUACCGUUUAACUUCGGAUUAUUAAGUGUUGAUAGAAGUAACCUAGUUGAAUCAAUAGAAAACCAAAUUAAAAAUUGGUUAGACAAAAUGCCUAAAAACCAGGUGGCUAACUGGGUGAUUGAAAAUCAUGACAAUCCAAGAAUACCGACGAAAUUUGGUGCUGAAACGAUUCCACUCUUUACAGCUCUAAAACUAUCGCUUCCUGGUAUAGAGGUUACAUACUAUGGGAGUGAAAUUGGCAUGGACAAUUCGUACGUGAGACCAGAUCAAAGACAAGAUCCUAAUAAUGCGGGAGGCAGUAGAACGGAUGAAUCCAGAGAUUCUGAAAGGUGUCCAAUGCAAUGGGAUAGUUCAAUAAAUGCAGGUUUCACCGAAGAGAAAAAAUCAUGGUUACCGGUAAAUCCAAAUUACUACAAAUUGAAUGUCGAAUACCAGAAAAAAAUACCAAAUAGUAACUAUAAUUUUUACAAAAAAAUGUCUCAACUUCGAAAAACAGAUACGUUAAAAAAUGGCGACCUUCAUACGUAUAAUAUUACUAAAUCGAUAUACAUUUUAAAGAGAUCAUUAUUGGAACAUGAAUCGUACAUAGUCGUAAUGAAUUUUGGCAGUGAAACUGAAACUGUCAUAUUGUCCAAUAUCAUAAAAAACCUCAAAGACGAACUAUACAUAUACUUAGGAAGUGAAAAUUCUGCAUACAACCCUGGAAACAUUAUAUCAACCGUAUCUUCAGCUGGUAAUCCACUAAUACUACGACCACAAUCUGUAGUCGUUUUAACAGAUAAAUAUAUUGCACCUGAAAUUUCUACAAUUGAUACUCAAAGUGCGGGCACACAAAUCAGUUCCAAAUUAAUUAGUGUAUUCAGUAUCUUUCUAGUUUUAAAAUAUUUCUUAUGA